AUGUCUUUUUCCGUGUACUUGUUGCAGCUGGUGGCAUUUUUGGAUUUAUUGGCGGUUGGUCUAAUUGUUCCUUUAUUACCAAACCAUGUCAGACAGAUGGGAGUAAAUCAUAUAUAUGUCGGUUUGCUUGGUUCCAUAUAUUCUGGAUGUCAGUUAGGGUCUGGCCCUCUUAUAGGCAGCCUUAGUGAUAUAAAAGGUCGUAAAACAAUAUUGAUGAUGACAUUGCUGGUGUGUGCAGGAGCAUAUACAUUUUUAGGAAUCACUACUUCAAUUGCAGUUAUUUUAGUUUUAAGAGCAAUUUUAGGCUUAUUUAAACAGACUCAGAUGUUGACAAAAGCCCUAGUGCCAGAUUAUGAGAGUAAUCAUCUAAAGCAAUCUGUUAUAUAUGGUAAAAUGGCUGCCAUAUCAGGCAUUGGUAUAACUAUGGGACCUGUUAUAGGAGGGCACAUAGCGGAAGACAAUCCUGAACAUGGUUUUAUGUAUAUUACUAUUACUGUUGGUCUCUGCUUUCUUAUCAAUGCAGGUAUUGUACAUUUCCUUCCAAAUUCCAACAAAAAAUCUACAAUAAUUGAAGUAAAUCAUGAAGAAAAAUCAAGACAAGAUGAAAGUGUUUUCAAUAAAAUAAUGAAAAGCAGCAAACAAUCUGUGAUAGAGUUAUCAAAGAUACCAUGGGCAGAAUAUUGGGAUAAUCUGUAA